AGUCCGUCUUUCCCUCACAAGGCAACCGGGGCCCGAAACAUUUUUGUGUUGUGUGCACAAUCGCGUGUUCACUUCCUAACGACGAGAGACUUGUAUGCGGGUACUACCAGCACAGGACGGAAACCGUCAUCUAGCAGCAGCAGGCACCCUUGCGUAGUAAAAGCAUUUGUUUGACGCGUAUUCACGCGCGUUCUUCCUUCGGUGCAUACGCGCUACAGAGUAAGCAGCGAUCGUCUGUGUGAUCACACACGCGCACCAGUCUGGCCUAAUAACCUGUUCUCUGUGUGGAAUCUUAUUACGGCACGUCUUGCCUACCCCGUCACAGCCAUUCUCGUAAGCCUUCUUCGAACCCGGGCCCGGUUCGGGGUGAUCACCGUCAGCGCACAGUGUACACUGGAAGCGGCGGGCAGCCGAUGCGAUUCCAGUCUCAAACGGUGACCCAUCGCGAUCGGACAAACGACGGCGGCGACACGAGUGAAAAUUGAUUGACUGAGUAAGUGUGACUUCCUGCUACUCUUGCUAGCCAGCUAGUCAAACUAGUAGAUCCAGUCGAAAUUAGAUCCAGGUUGUGAUGCCGAAUAUGUGCGAAUAGUGCUGCUAUUUGGGCUUGUACUUGUUGUCGUUGAUAGCUAAAAGUUGGUUUCAGCCUAUAAUCGGUGUUACGUGUGUGUUGUUUUUGCUUCCUGAAAAGUUUACUUCGCAGUAGUAAGGGAGGGCCCACAACAAAAUCAGUGACGUCCAAGUUACAACGCAGUCAGGCGGAAAGUUAGUGCGGUAGCAAAAGUGAAUCUACCAAGCGAGAAGGCAAAGAAAACAAAACGCUUUCCCUUUGGUUGCGGUGUAAGUCUCUCUUUCUAUGAGCUCCCGUGCCCGUGUUGUCUGAGGUCCAUUCGAAAGAGAGUGAAAAAUAACAAAAUAUAGUAGUGGUGAACAAAUAGCUUGCUACGGGAAUUAAUAAUGGCUCCUAUGGCCGGAGGUACCGGUGACCCCAAGGACGCAUCCAUAGCGAUUAUUUCAACAGGUACGGUUGCUAUGGUGGGACAUCAACAGCAGCAGAGCUCCAACCCGACCGAGAUGGACAAACGCCGUAUUAGUCGGAUGUUUAGCUGGACGGCCGAUUCACCGAUCGUCACUGGCAGUGAGACGAGUGUGGCGACGAUCGACGAUGGAGGGACGAUGUGGGCCAGACAGCAGCACGCCGUUUCGGUGCGGCAUGCCUUCAAACAGUACGGUACCAAGAAGAAACCAAACAUGGUUCUAUCGAACCUAAACAUGACAGUAGCCAAAGGAACAAUCUAUGGUCUUCUGGGAGCAUCCGGAUGCGGCAAAACGACACUCCUGUCAUGUAUAGUCGGACGAAAGCGGCUCAAUUCGGGCGAGAUCUGGGUGUUGGGCGGAAAACCGGGAACGAAAGGGUCUGGAGUGCCGGGCAAGCGCGUCGGCUACAUGCCACAGGAGAUAGCUUUAUACGGGGAAUUCUCGAUCCGGGAGACGAUGAUGUACUUUGGAUGGAUCUUCGGCAUGCAAACGUCGGAAAUUGCCGAGCGGUUACGAUUUUUGCUCAAUUUUCUGGAUUUACCGUCCGAAUCGCGACUGGUGAAGAAUCUGAGUGGUGGCCAGCAACGACGAGUGUCGUUCGCCGUAGCCCUCAUGCACGAUCCGGAGCUGCUGAUCCUGGACGAACCGACCGUCGGCGUCGAUCCAUUACUUAGACAAAGUAUAUGGAAUCAUCUAGUGCACAUUACCAAGGCCGGUCAGAAGACGGUCAUCAUCACGACACACUACAUCGAGGAGGCCCGGCAAGCACACACGAUCGGCCUGAUGCGAUCGGGGAGACUGCUAGCGGAGGAGUCACCUGCCUGCCUGUUGUCCAUGUACCGCUGCAGUAGUCUGGAAGAUGUCUUUCUGAAGCUGUCCCGCAAACAAGGACAAACGAACAAUGCACCCGCUGAACUAAACAUUAGCAAUAACAUUUCACUGUCCGCGCUAGCGUUCGGCAAGGCAAAGGACAACCCAGUCUACGCGAGUCAGGAAAGCGGUGUAGUAGGACUAAAUUUCCAUCAAAGUAAAGAAGUACUCAUUAGCGAUAGCAACGGGUCGACGUACGCUAUCAACGGCAUAAACGGGUCUCCUCCGGGAGCGAUCAGUCAAACGGUCGAGUGUGACGAUUGUACGGAAUGUUCGGAUUGUAUGAAUCUAACGACGCGAGGAAAACUGCGAGCCCUGUUAGUCAAGAACUUUCUGCGGAUGUGGCGAAACGUCGGUGUGAUGCUGUUCAUCUUUGCACUGCCGGUCAUGCAGGUGAUUCUGUUCUGUCUGGCCAUCGGUAGGGAUCCCACCAAUCUGAACAUAGCGGUCGUCAACGGCGAAAUGAACAUGACCAGCAACGGCGAGUGUAUGUUUGACGCGGGCUGUAGCUUUACCAACUUGAGCUGUCGAUACUUGAACCAUCUGAACACAACGAUAGUGAAGAACUACUAUCCGGAUCUGGACUCGGCGAUCGACGCGGUACGACAAGGUGACGCCUGGGGGGCACUCUACUUUACCGACAAUUUUACCGAUGCGUUAGUGGCACGAAUUGCGCUAGGUCGCGAUGCGGACGAUGAAACCCUGGACCAAUCGGAAAUUCGCGUAUGGCUAGACAUGUCCAAUCAACAAAUUGGAAUAAUGCUGAAUCGGGACCUGCAGGUAGCGUACCGGGAGUUCGCUCAAGAGCUGCUACGGGUUUGCGACAACAAUCCUAAGCUCGGGGACGUGCCGAUUCAGUUCAAGCAACCGAUUUACGGAACGAACGAUCCUUCGUUUACGGACUUUGUCGCACCGGGUGUGAUAUUGACAAUCGUUUUCUUUUUGGCCGUCGCGUUGACCUCUUCGGUGCUGAUUAUCGAGCGAACGGAAGGAAUGCUGGAUAGAUCUUGGGUGGCCGGCGUGACGCCCGGUGAGAUUCUGUUCUCCCACGUGAUCACGCAGUUUGUGGUGAUGUGCGGACAGACGGCACUGGUUCUGAUCUUCAUGAUCGUCGUUUUCGGGGUUACCAACAAUGGCGAGAUCAUCUGGAUCGUUCUGCUGACGAUCCUACAGGGACUGUGCGGUAUGUGCUUCGGAUUUGUCAUAUCCGCCAUUUGUGAGCUGGAGCGAAAUGCAAUCCAGCUCGCACUCGGAUCGUUCUAUCCGACGCUGCUUCUGUCCGGUGUGAUUUGGCCUAUCGAAGGCAUGCCACUGGUGCUGCGAUACGUAUCGCUGUGUCUACCGCUGACGCUGGCCACAUCGUCACUACGGUCCAUACUGACCCGCGGUUGGAGUAUAACGGACGAGGACGUGUAUCUGGGCUUUGCUUCCACGAUAGCCUGGAUCUUCGUGUUUCUGCUGGUGACACUGGUCGUACUUAAGUUAAAACGAGGCUAAGACUCGUGCUGUAGGAUUGUUUGUAUUUACGUAGGAGAUCAUUAAUUUAUAUGAGAGCGCAUACCAUCAUCGACUUUGUGUACGUUUUUCAUAGCUGAGAGUGUUUUCUUGUAUGUUUGAAGUGGAGUAAAGAUAUUGAUGGAGCCGUCCAGGGUCGGACUUUGGGGGUUUUACAUUACAGCUCAACAGAAGGCUGGAGACCCCCGAAGUCACAGUUCGACCCCUUGAAAGCAUGACGCUACUACCACUUUCCAUAGAGUCAUACACAAAACUUAACGCUCACUCACUUGACCAUCACGUUAAUAAUAAAAAAAACUUUCCGAACACCCCUAUUCCAUCCUUCUAUUAGCAUUAAACAGGGCUUUUAUUUAGCUGGGCACCCCUACGGAAUGGUGACACCUUGUAGCACUCAUUCCCCGCCUUUGUUUAUUCAACUGAACUUAAUUUGCUCAAUUUUUAGUUAUGUUUUUGUUUUCUAAUAACAAAUUAGUCCAAAAAUAUUUACGCACACAAACACAGACGCACGCUUAAUCAACACACAGAAAUAGUGGUAUUCUAGGGAUAUGUUUCCCCUUUUAAAGCAGGAACAAAAAGCAAGAUAUUAAUACUGGAAAAGGGUUCCCCUGCUCCGAUCACCACGCCGCCAAACGAGCAAUCAAUAGUUUCCCGUGCAAAACAAGCAAACAAAACAAUUAUUGAACUGUGAUUAUAAAUUUUUCUUUUUUUUAUAUACAAGUACGAAUAAUUUCUCUAAGUUUUUUUUGUGUACGCUAACAUAAAAAAAUAGACGAGAGAAACCCAUUUUUUGUAUAAUUUUAACUAGGGAAGAUGUAUGUUGUAAAGCUAAUUGCUAAAAAAAGAAAGGAAACCAUAGACUUAAUCGAAAACGUAACGUAAUAUAAUGAGGAGGUUGUCAUCGCUUCGAUGUUUCGUAUCCUCUCUGUCAGCCUUCAUUGGGCCGUUGUUGUUGUCCCUCGAGUGAGGUUGCGAUGAGUGGAGUACCAUCCAUCCGGGGUAAAAACUUAAACGCAUAUGUAAUCUAGUUUUUAUUUGUGAAGGGUUUAAGAAGGCAAAACGCAGCUAUAUUUCCACUAUUCCUUCUCCUAUCCUCUUGGAUUUGUUUGAUGCUUCCUCGUUUUUUUUCGUUUCUUUCACCCGCGGUGACCAGCCGCUCAUUCAAACUUAUCUAGAUGAAAUAGGGCCGUGACAUGUAAGAACGGUCGUUGUAAUAUUUUGUAGACUAAACUUUUUGGGCAACCGGAAGAUCAAAAAGAGACGCGAGCAGUUCAAGAUAGAAGGAGAAAAUUAAACGACAACUUGUAAGGAGGAACGUGAAUAAAAUAUUUUUUGAAUAAAAAA